CCCUGUCGCUCGCUAUUGAAGCUCAGCGGUCGUCAUGGAGUUGUUUGCCGAGUACGUCGGGGUGGAUGGGCAGCAGGAGCAGCUGCGGGUGCCCUGUGAGGCGCCGAGCGACGCGGACCCUUUCGAGGGCCUGUUGUCUGGUGUGGCCCAGAUGAGAGAGUUGGUGAACGAGCUCUUCGUCUCCCUGAUACAGCAGGAAGCGCAAGACCAGGAGGUGGCGACUCCAGAAGAGGCCAUGGACGGUGAUGAUGAAGAUGAUGCAGAAGAUGAAAAUAACACUGAUAAUAGAACUAACUCAGAUGGACCAUCUGCAAAACGGCCCAAACCGCCAUCUUAACAGUUGCUUUUAUGAAAUUUUAAAGACUGCUACUAUAUCUGAAUUAUCACACAGUGACAUUUAGGAAAGACUUGUGCUCUAAUUUGGAAAAGUAUUUGUUUUAUUCCUCUAGGACAAUUUUGUCAAAGAAAAAAAUGUUUCUUCUGUUUCCAGCAAAGAAAGAUAAAAUAAAUGUUUAGAAAUGAAUCUGUUUUCUUGAGUGAGAAAUAAAUUUCAGACCAUGGAAAUAAAAUAGAACACUUAAUGAUGUAUAAAAUCCUCUAAGUUGGCAACUGAAUUUUUAUUGUUUUCUACUUUUUAAAUAACCAUUGAAUUAAAUUGUGUGAUGUCUACACCUUUUGGCCUCUGCUUGUUAUAAAAAAUACAUGUCAGUUCUUGGACAAUAACAUUUCAAAGAACCAUGUGACAUGAGCAAGUGGUGAAAAUUGGAUAUUAAAUUUUAAGAAUGGCAGUUCUGUGUAAGGGAAAACGGGAAGAGAAGUACUGAAGGAGGGAGAUGAGCCCUUGAGAG